UCUUUUCCAAUUCGGAAUCUCUGUGUUUCUUUCUCUCCCUUUAUGGAGAGAGAAAUCACGGAGAGACAGACGCCAGAUUCGAAACCCCCUCCUUUAAAUUUGCACAUUCAGAAGAAUCAGAACACCUAAGCUACCGAAAUUUAUAGUUAUUGAUGAUAAAAAAGUCGCGUUUUUUCUUCUUUCUUUCAGCUUCAUUAGCUUGGAGGUUUCUUCAAGCUUCCCUGACAUUGGUGUGUGGAGGUGUCGUUGUUGACAUACAGAAAGGUCGUCGCGGAUCCUCAUCUCUCAGAUCGAGCUGCCAAUUUCAAAUCUAGGAUACAUCGGUCUUUUUGUCUUUCUAAAAGACUUCUAAGAUUUAAAAUAUGACGUCGAGAACACUAAGAAGGAGGCUGCAUCAUGGGGAUGUUGAUGGGAGGCAGAACGAGCAUUUAGAUGAAUCUGGGUUUGAUAGUUUGAAUGAACCUCUACUUGCUAGAGAUGAUGACUACAGUGAUAUGCCCUCCGAGGGACGCACACUAGAAGAUAUUUGGGAUGAGGAAAGGAGAAAGGAGCAUCUCCGCUGGACCUUUCUCUUCUCACAGUUGAUAGCACAGUGGGCGCAAUGGUUAGCAAGUAUUGUUAUUGGAUCUGGAUCACUUAUUGGUCGGUUUUUGCCUUUUCCAUUUGCAACUCAAUAUGGAUUAGGCAGGAAGCUUCUUCUACCACCUCUUAGUCCUCUACAGGAAGAAAGGCUAGGAAGUCUACGGCAAAGAGUGGAAGUUCCCUUUGAUGGUUCACGCGUGGAGCAUCAAGAUGCACUUAAGCAAUUAUGGAGGCUGGCUUAUCCUGAUAGGGAGCUCCCCUCCCUUAAAUCAGAGCUUUGGAAGGACAUGGGUUGGCAAGGUGCAGACCCUUCAACAGAUUUCAGGGGUGGAGGAUUUAUAUCGCUGGAGAAUCUUAUCUUUUUCGCCAAGCAAUAUCCGGUGCCAUUCCAGGCAUUGUUGCACAAAAGAAAUGGCACAAGAGCUGAGUGGGAAUAUCCCUUUGCUGUAGCUGGCAUUAACAUUUCCUUCAUGUUGGUACAGAUGUUGGAUCUUCAAUCAGGAAAGCCAUCUACCGAAGCAGGAAUUCGAUUUUUAGAGUUACUCAAGGAGGAUGAAAAGGCAUUUGACAACCUUUUCUGCGUGGCCUUUCAAAUGAUGGAUGCGCAAUGGCUUGCUAAGCGAGCCUCAUACAUGGAAUUCAACGAUGUUUUGAAGUCUACAAGAACGCAGCUAGAACGUGAACUUGCACUAGAAGACGUCUCCAAUGUGACAGAUUUACCAGCAUACAAUUUUUUGAGAUGAUAAUCUGGUGCUAUGGUUUUGCAUCAUUUUUUGUUAGACGAUAUGAAGGUUUAUCAUACUACAUCACUGACACUGUAUGAGCUUGUUCUUCUAAGCAAAGUCACUGUAUGCAUUUGGGGAGCAUGAGACGAUUCAAAUGAAAUCUCUCACAGAAAACUGGAGAACUGAAUCAGGAAAGGGAAACAAUGGUAUUGUUCAUUUGUUUACUCUUUCUUGAGCUGAACUUUCAUGAGACUCCUCUGACGGUUUCAACCAUUGAGACGUUCUGAUGCUUUAUUAAUCUGUCAAAAGAUAACGCGUGGUG